CAAACGCGCAGAACAUCGUGUCUCUCAGCGCGUGCAUUGUCUCCAGCGCGCAUCCGUGCGCUCGAACGCAAGGCUGUGUCCACGAGAGUGGCUCCGUCACACGGGCAAGGGAGGCAAAUGCUCCACUGACACCCCCACCCACCCUCAGCGGAGGGGUAAGACGAGGUAAACCUGUGCUCUGCUGGCUAGUGCUGCCCCCCCUCAGCGCAGAAGGCACACAGUGUUUUGAUGUGUGUAGAGGGAUGGAGAUGUUUGGCCCUCCGAAUUCAGUCUCCGCCAUACGGACCCUUCUGCGCUGUGAUGCUGAAGAACAUCUGUUGCUGCAUGUUUCAUCAUGAAGCCCACAGCAGGUGCCUUGAAACUCAGUCUGGCUGAAAUCUACCGACAGCGCAGAAAAAUGAGGACCUGCGUUGCACUUCUCGGAGCUGUUCUCGUUCUGCCCAUUAUUCAGGCUGUUUGUCCAGAUAAGGUUCCCGGCCUGCAGCCAUGGACCCCCGGCUUCAGUGAAGCCCACCACGUCACCAUUGGUUAUGGCCGCAAAGUGCUCCUGACCUCCUCCGCCACUGUCCACUCUAUUGAAAUCCUGAAUGGAGGAAAGCUGGUUAUUGCUGAUACGAAUCUGCCCAUCUUGCUGCGAGCCAAACACAUUCUGAUAGGUAACAAAGGGGAGCUUCACAUCGGGAGUGCAGACUGUCCAUAUAAAGGAAACCUCACCAUCUCCCUCUAUGGCAGGUCUGAUGACAGCGAUGAAGAGCAUAGUUACUUCGGGCGUAAGUAUGUUGGCAUAGGAACCGGGGGAAUUCUGGAGAUUCAUGGCCAGAAGAAGCUGUCGUGGACCUUCCUGAACAAAACUCUACAUCCUGGAGAAGGCAAUGAAAACAGUUACCACUUUGAGCGAAGCUGGGGCAACAGGGGCAUCAUCGUCCACAUCAUUGACCCAAAAACUGGAGAGGUGCUUCACAAUGAUAGGUUUGACACGUAUCGCAGUAAAGAUGAAAGCAGACGAUUGGCACAGUAUGUAGAGGGGGUGGAGAACGGUCAGAUUUUGGCCAUGGUGGUGAACGAUGAAGGAUCCAACAACCUAGAAGAUACAGCCAGGAAGGCUCUGUCCAAGCUGGGCAGUCGUCACUUCCACCGGCUGGGUUUCAGGCAUCCGUGGAGUUUCAUUACAGUGAAAGGAGACACAGCAUCAGCAGUGGAGGAUCACGCCAUUUAUCAAGGAACUAAAGCAUCGUCUGAGGCCAGAAGUGUCCGGGCCUUCCACUCUGGCUAUGGAGAACAUUUCACCAUCACCACUGUCAGCCAGUGGGCCCAGGAGGCUGAGUGGACCGAGUGGUUUGACCGUGAUGACGAGAGAGGCUCAGGAGACUGGGAGAAGCUUUCGGACCUCCAUAAGGCGUUUCCUGAGCGACUGUGCAGCAACCCCUUGGACAUUGAGGCUGAAACCCUGGACGGCAUCCCUGCCAACAUGACGGGCGAAGUGUUCUCCAAGUUUGACAAAAACUAUGGCUUUGUGUGCCUCAACAAGGACCAGCCGCAAGGAAUCUGCCACAACUACCGUGUCCGCUUUCUCUGUGGCAAACUCGUCCGUCCACAGGCUUCAAUCUCCGUAGACACCCACUCCAACUGUAGUAUCUUGGAACUAGCGGAUGAAGCUCAAGGCUGGUGGCCAGGCGACAGGCUGGUGGUGGCCAGCACUGAUUAUUCAAUGCUCCAGGCUGAAGAAUUCACCGUUCUACCCUGUCUCACGUGCACCAGCAACCAGGUCAAAGUAGAAGGUAAGCCUCAGUUCCUCCACAUGGGGGAAAUGGUGGACGGAGUGGACAUGAGGGCCGAGGUCGGGCUCCUGAGCCGGAACAUCCUGAUCCGAGGAGAGAUGGAGGCCGGUUGCUAUGGCAGCGAAGCCUGCAAGUUCUUCAGCUUCGACACAUUUGGGGGACACCUGAAGGUGGAGCAUGGUUUCAGAGGAGUUCACAUUCAGGGUGUUGAGUUUGUGCACAUGGGUCAGCAGUCUAUGGGCCACUACCCCGUCCACUUCCACAUGAACGGAGACGUUGACCAGCACGGGGGUUACGACCCGCCCACCUACGUCAAGGACCUGUCCAUCCACCACACCUUCUCUCGCUGCGUGACUAUCCACGGCUCCAACGGCCUGCUGGUGAAGGACGUUGUAGGUUACGACGCUCUGGGUCACUGUUUCUUCACGGAGGACGGCCCUGAGGAGAGGAACACGUUCGAGCACUGCCUCGGCCUGAUGGUGAAGGCCGGCACUCUGCUGCCCUCCGACCGCGACAGCAAGAUGUGUCGGGACAUCACAGACGGCGCUUACCCCGGCUACGUGGCCAAACCGCGACAAGACUGCAGUGCUACCUCCACCUUCUGGAUCGCUAACCCCAAUAAUAACCUGAUUGACUGUGCGGCUGCAGGCUCGGAGGAGACGGGAUUCUGGUUCAUUUUCCACCACGUCCCCACGGGUCCAUCAGAGGGCAUGUACUCUCCCGGCAAGACAGAGCACACUCCUAUGGGGCGCUUCAUCAACAACAGAGCACACUCAAACUACAGGGCAGGGAUGAUCCUUGACAAUGGGGUAAAAACCACCCAGGCUAACGCCAAGGACAAGAGACCCUUCCUCUCACUCAUAGGGGCCAGGUAUGGCCCCCAUCAGGAUGCUGACCCCUUCAAGCCCAGGGUACCUGCCCUCAUCCAUCACUUUGUGGCAUAUAAGAACCAGGACCAUGGAGCCUGGCUCAGAGGAGGAGAUGUCUGGCUGGACGACUGCCAGUUUGCUGAUAAUGGAAUUGGCCUCACUCUUGCCAGUGGAGGUACCUUCCCAGAUGAUGAUGGCUCCAGGCAGGAAGUGAAGAACUCUUUGUUUGUGGGAGAGAGUGAGAACAGAGGGAUGCCAAUGUCGGACAGCCGCACCUGGGGGCCGGGGGGUUUAGACCACAGCGGCCGUACCCUCCCCAGAGGAGUGGAUUUCCCCAUUCGUGGCAUGCAGAUCUACGACGGUCCCAUCAACAUCCAGAACUGCACCUUUCGCAAAUAUGUGGCUCUGGGUGGACGGCACACCAGCGCUUUCGGGUUCCGGCUGAACAACUCAUGGCAAAGCUGUCCCAACAACAACGUCACUGACAUCACCUUCGACAGCGUCCCGAUCACCUCCCGCGUGUUUUUCGGAGAGCCGGGUCCAUGGUUCAAUGAGAUGCAGAUGGACGGUGACAAGACCACCAUAUUUCACGAUGUGGACGGCUCGGUCAGCGAGUACCCCGGCGCCUUUCUGGUCAAGGAGGACAACUGGCUCCUGCGCCACCCAGACUGCAUUGACGUUCCUGACUGGAGGGCGGCCAUCUGCAGUGGGCGAUUUGCCCAGAUAUACAUCCAGGCACGGAACCCUGCCAACCUCAACAUGAAGAUGGUCAAGGAUGAGUAUUCAGAGCAUCCACUUGAGCUGGUGGGAGCUCUGGGGAAGAGGAACCACUACCAGCAGUACCAGCCUGUGAUCACACUGGCAAAGAGCUAUACUGUGCACUGGGAUAGGGCAGCACCUGCCGAGCUGACCGUCUGGCUUAUUAACUUCAACAGAAAUGACUGGAUAACUGUCGGCUUCUGCUACCCGAAAGGCACGAACUUCACCAUCAUCUCUGACCUUCACAACCGGCUGACGAAGGAGACGAGGAAGACCGGUGUCUUCAUGAGAACCACUCAGAGAGAGAAGAUGAGCCACACGCACCAGACGCGAGGUUAUUACUACUGGGACGAGGACACUGGGCUGCUCUUCCUCAGGGUCCAGGCACACAAUGAUAAGGACGAUUUUGCCUUCUGCUCAGUGAAGGGCUGUGAGAGGAUCAAGAUCACGGCCAAAAUUCCAAAAGGCAGCGGCCCCAGCGACUGCAUGGAGAUGGCUUAUCCCAAAUAUGCUGAAAUGCCUGUGGUGGAUGUGCCCAUGCCCAAGAAACUGCCCCGCUCCAGAUUGCCUCAAGCAUCUGAGCACUUUCUAGAAAUCAAGCUGGAGUCCUACAACACUCGGUUCUUCCACAUCAAAGAGGACUUUGCCUAUACAGAGGUCAAUGGUAAGAAGAUCUACCAAUCAGAAGACGGCGUGCAUGUGACGGUCCUGGAUGGCCAUACCGGCAAAGUGCUGGACACAAAAGGCUUCAGGAACGCUGUGCUGAUGGGCAUCCCAGCUCAGAUCGAGAACUACAUCAACAGCCUAAAAGACGAAUCAAUAGUGAUGAUUACUUCCAAGGGCAAGUUGGUCACAAGGGGGCCUUGGACCAAAGUACUUGAAAAACUGGGUGCGGAGCAGAAUGUGAAAUUGAAAGAUAAACUGGCCUUUGUGGGUUUCAAAGGCAGUUUCCGGCCCGACUGGGUUCGACUGGCUGUGGAUGAGGAGCGAGCGAACCUGCACCAGGUGCUGCCCAUGCCCAUAGUGAGGGUGAUGAAGCUCUGAGAGAGACGAAGCUCGUCCCUAGACUCUCUCUCUUUCUCUCGCGGACUCUCACUAAAGCAUCACUGCCCACUGCUGGAACGGAAGCGCUCGGGCCCCGACCGCGCCUGCACAGCCACACAGCAGAAUCUACAGCAUUACAUUAACACCUACAGUGUUCGUUUGAAGGGAUACUCCAGCAUUUGUCAAUGUAGUCUCUACCCGCUGCACCUAUAAUAAUCACUUAAAAGCACCAAAAAACACAGAAAACUGAAAAGACACAGUAGAAGCCAUUGAGCAGUUUGUGCUUUUAGAAUGCCUUCAUGGAUUCUAGUUAAAGGUGCUGGUAAAGUAGGCUGAAAUCUGUAUGAUGUAUAGGGAUGCAACAAAUAUUGGAAUUCCAGACCAAUGCCAAUAUCCGAUAUUUUCAUGCAUACCUGCCGAUACAUAAACAUUAAUAAAAGGCAGAUGUUUUUGUUUUUGGUAUAGUGACCCAGCGCCGCCUAAGUGUUCUGCUCUUACAGAGUACAAUGGACAUGACAUCGAAUAUCGGCGUGAAACAUCAGUCAAAUCUAAACAUCUGUACAGAAGUCCAGAGGGGCCAUGAGCUGUUAUAAUUGCUAUAAUUUUCUGGUGUGGUAUCGUGUGAUAACAAGUUAAAGCUUCCAUACAUCUGCCCAAUUCCAAUUUAUUUUAAAGCAAUUAUCUGCCAAUACCAGUAUGAGUGCGAUGUCAUUGCGCAUCCCUGAUGACAUCGUCGUUAUUUCAGGGACAGGAGUAGUUUUCCAGAGGGGAAAGCUUUGAGGUAAUUUGUUACCACUAUAGCUCCGCCUGAUCGCCAUGGAGACGGAUCCAAAAGUAUGAAUCAGAUUACAUGUUUUGUUGAUUUUCUUAUCUGAAAAUAAGCCAUCAUUUAUAGGGAACAGAUAUAAAUAUGAUAUAUUUCUGCAAAUUGUAGUGCGUAAUUUUUAUUUAUUUGCUGAAUUUGAGGUAUAAACAAAGGAAAAAAGAAAUGUGCAAUUAAAUAACUUUCCUGACGUUUUAUUUUUUGCCCAAAUAUGUUAAAUUUAGCACAUAAACAGUAAAUUUGCAUUACAAUGAGAGUACUCUGUAGAGGAUGUGUUCUUAUUUUAAUCAUAAACAUGUCAAUUGGCUCUAACUUUUGCUUAUGCAUGUGUAGGUUCAAAUUCGCAUUAUAUGGUCAUGGAUUUGAAACAUUUGUAAAUUUAGCAACUGCCCAUAGGCUUCUAAUGUAAGGGAAUGUGAGUCAGCCAGUUGUUUGUUCUUUUCUAAGUCCAGGGAGCCACUCUGAAAUUAUUGUGUGUGGUAAUUGAUGCUAUGAGACCGAUGUGGCAGAUAGAGAUCAAUUUGAAAAAUACUGCAGUGUCCCUUUAAGUUCAGCUGCACCUAAAUGAGUUAACUGAGUUCUGGAGGUUUUGCUGUGUAAGGACUACUGAACUCCUACCUGCCUAUUCAAACCCAAGCAUGUGUUUGUGACGCCUUUUCUUCAGCUCCCUUUCCCACCCGGAUCGAUGUACGAUGUCAAUGUACGUGAUAAUGUGGAUGUUACGUGAUUUUUCUCUCUUUUUUUUUCUUCUUUUUUUUCCUGUGUCGUCAGUGUGACUAUACUUUCUACUGCUUCGGAGAGAGAGAGAAAAAAAAAAACAAACAACAAAGAAGAAAACCCAACGUGCAACAUUCCCUGUUUUUUUCCUCCCCUCUCUGUGGUAUUUGCCUCCUCGUCAUUCCAAAAAAUCCAUGUAAUUUCUUUUUCUAUCCUGUAAAAAAAAGUUUGUAAAGAUUGUAAAUGUUGUGCGGUUUCGCCAUUUAAUUAUCACAUACCAGAGUUUGUGGUCAGUUUGUUUGUGUUGUAGCAUACAAGAGAAGGAACAGAAAAAAGGCCUUCAGACUCUAAAUGAACAGUUGCAAAGAGAAAAAAAGGAGCUUGUAGGAGAGCUUAUGCAACCUCAGUGCCCCCAAAACUACAUGAGACGAAACAGCUACAGAAAACGUGGGUUUAAACCUGUGAAAGGAUCUGGCAACCUGUAUUCCAUCCGGCAAGGAGCGCGAACAUGCCGAAAUAGCUGGUCUUUUUUCGGAGAUUGUACUUUGUUAGUGAUUUGUAUGUUUUAUGUGUUUCUAAAAUUCCUCAGAUUGAUAACAGAGAUAUAUUUUAUACUUAUUUAUUGUACAGGCACUAUGGAAACAAAUCUAGAAGGGACGUCCUUUUAAGUUGUAAUGUAUUUCUGUCCUAUCUGUAAAAAAAACAAAAAAAAACAAUGAUCUGAUAUAAAGUUUUAAGUUCCAAAUUUUCUUGUAUCAUUGCAAAUUUACAUACAUUAACCUUUGAGUUGUACAUUGCUGUGAUGUAAAUGUGAUGGAUUUUAAAGUAAUGGAAACGUAUUGCUUUUGAUCAAAACUUUUUGUACAGAAAUAAAUGAUGAAGACACA